AAGCGAGUCCACACAGCUCCAAUAAUUCUAGCACCAUCACUUACUUGUAAAGAGCAAGAUGCCGGCCGUUCAUAAACUACUCCUGGAGGAAGCCCUGCAGGACAGUCCACAGACUCGCUCACUGCUCAGCGUGUUCGAGGAGGAUGCAGGAACUCUCACAGACUACACCAACCAGCUCCUGCAGUCUAUGCAAAGAGUCUUUGGAGCACAGAAUGAGAUGGCCCUGGCCACAGAACAGCUCUCCAGACAGUUACUCGAGUAUGAGAAACAGAACUUUGCUCUGGGGAGGGGAGAUGAAGAGGUAAUCAACACACUUCAACACUUUGCCAAAACCGUGGAGGAGCUGAAUGCUCUGCACGCUGACUUGUCCAGUCAGAUUGCUGACAGAAUGGUGUUUCCCAUGGUGCAGUUCAGAGAGAAGGAUCUGACCGAAAUAAGCACAUUGAAGGAAAUAUUUGGAAUUGCCACUGAUGAGCAUGAAGCAGCCAUGGUAAAAUACAGUAGACUACCCAAAAAGAGAGAGAAUGAAAAGGUGAAAGCAGAGGUGGUUCGGGAGGUGGCGUUUUGCCGCAGGAAGCAGCACCAGGCCUCUAUGCAGUAUUAUUGUGCUCUAAAUGCCUUACAGUACAGGAAGAGAGUAGCUAUGCUGGAGCCCAUGCUGGGGUACACACAAGCGCAGAUAAGCUUCUUUAAGAAAGGUAUGGAGCUGGUUUCCAAGAAAAUGGACAGUUUCCUGGCAUCUGUAACCAAUAUGACUCAAAGUAUCCAGGCUCAGUUAGAUGCAGAAGCAGAGAGCAUGCGUUUGACUCAGAGAGAGCUCUUGUCGGUGGAGGACACAGUCUACAUGCCCGACCGCGACCUGGAGCCGGUCAACCGUACGCUCAUACAGAAAGCAGGCUACCUCAACAUUAGGAAUAAGACGGGGCUGGUGACCACAGCCUGGGACCGGCUGUACUUCUUCACGCAGGGAGGAAACCUGAUGUGCCAGCCGCGCGGUGCUGUGGCAGGGGGUAUGGUGCUGGACCUGGACAACAGCUCCGUCAUGGCUGUGGAGUGCGAGGACAGACGCUACUGCUUUCAGAUCACGUCACCCACUGGGAAAAUGUCUAUGAUACUUCAAGCAGAGAGCAAGAGGGAAUAUGAAGAGUGGAUCUGCACCAUUAACAACAUUUCUAGACAGAUCUACCUGACAGACAACCCCGAGGCCGUGGCCAUCAGACUGAAUCAGACAGCCAUCCAAGCAGUCACUCCCAUCACCAGCUUUGAAAAGAGGGCAGAGGGCUCCCCCAACCCUGACAGGGCUAAACCGGGUGGGGUUGCCCCCAGCAGCACUAAGAAGUCCUCUUCUCCCCCUGAGCCUGAAGAUCUGAUUGCUCCAGGAACACCCAUCCAGUUUGAUAUUGUGCUUCCUGCGUCCGAGUUCUUAGACCAGAACAGAGCUGGAGGAAGACGCACAAAUCCGUUUGGCGAGACAGAAGAGGAGAGCUCUUCAAGUGCUGAUGACUCUCUUCUACAGCAGGUAUUUGCUGUUCGUUUUCUGGGCUCCAUGGCUGUGCGCUCAGGGCACACACAGGAAGUGAUCUAUGAAGCUAUGAGGCAGGUGCUGGCAGCUCGAGCCAUACACAACAUCUUUAAAACCAGUGAGUCCCAUCUGAUGGUCACCAGCAGCUGCAUCCGGCUGAUUGAUCCUCAGACUCAGGUCACUAAAAUUAGUUUCCAGUUGAUGGAUGUCACCCAGUUUGCAGCGCAUCAGGAGAACAGCAGGCUGAUGGGCUUUGUGGUGGAGGGGACAGACUGGAGUGAGGGGGUGGAGGAAGGACAGCCAUCCUUCAGUGCCUUCAUCUUUGAAAGCAAUACUGAAGGAGAGAAGAUCUGCUACACAAUAAACCUGGGCAAGGAGAUUACAGAAGCAAAGAAGGACCCAGAGGCUUUAGCCCAGCUGAUGAAGACGAUGCCUCUGACCAAUGACGGGAAGUUCCUGUUGUUGGAGAGCGAGACGGGUGAGGCAGCUAACGGAGGAGGAGGAGGACAGGAGGACCUGGAGUCCGAGGCCUGACCGCUCUGUACCUGCGGUCAGAUUUAUCAGCCUUCUCUAAGGAACUGAGCUCUAAGGAACUUCUCCUAUUCUAAUGAAGGCAGUGGGAUGUUCUUCUAGAUCCACACUCCGCUGUACUCCAAUACUCCACAAACCUUCCAGAUCUGCACUUAAACAACAGUUAGCCAAGCAAGUGAAACGUCCUACUCAUUUCUGGAUCUUAGAGAAUUCAAUAAUGUUUAAAUUAGAUUUACACAGAUUCCUGAUCGUCUUUUCCAGUUUGCCCUGAUGCCAAACUAACUUGGCAGCUGAUUAGCUGAUGUGCAUGUUGUUUAACACAGUGUUUUAAGAAUCCUAACAAGGCCUUAAAGCAGCUUACACUCUAUAGCUGCUCUUCUUCAUUAGAGCUGAUCCUACAGGACCCUACAGCAGGAAAUGGUCAUACCGGUGUCCUGUUAAAACAGGUUUUUGAGAAAUAGCUCUCUGAAAGUCACUACAGAGUUACAGAGUUCCCUUAAAAUAUUUGAUUUACCCAUUUUCAAGGCACUUAUACUUCAGUGGCAAAACUGACACCCCUUGUUUUAUGUAUUUAAUGUUUAUUAUAUUUAAACAUAUGGACAUCUGAUCUUUACUUGAACAAUGGUAAAAGAAUAAUAAGAGAUAAUAUAACUAAACACAUAAUGAAAAAUGAAAUGUAUUUCACAAGUAAUUUGCAACAUUUUAUCGCACAGAAAAAUAACACUAUGUUCUCCAGUAGCUGGUAUUUACCCCUCUCUGACAUCAAAUGUGAGAAAGUUUUUUCCCACUCCUCAAUGCAGGAUUCUUUCCGCUGUGUGAUGUUAUGCAGGCACAGCCUUUUUUUUAAAUCACCUCCCAGGUUUUAACAUGGCAAUUCCAGAACUCUUCAUUUUUUUUGUUCUUUUCAACCAUUGCUUGGUGGAUUUACUAGAAUGUUGUGGGUUGUUGUCCUGUUGCAUGGUCCAUCUCUGCUUUAGCUUCCAAACCAAAUUCAGCUGUAUUCGGUUUGGAACGAACAUGUCUUCUGUCCCUUUCCCCAAAUAAUUCCACUUUAGUUUGUGCUUUGGACAGAUGAAUCCAAUGUCUGAGGGUUAAAUAAGCUCAAAUACGCUUAAUCUGUAGCUGAUUUAAAUUUUUAGCAGCGUUCAGGAGAAAUACAUGUUUUUUUUCCAACUUUUUUCUGACAUGCAAGUUACAUUUGUGUUAAUAUAUUUUAAGUUUUAAAAACCAUGACUUCCGUUUUGUGUUUAGUUACGUUAUUUCCGUCUCUCAGAAUCGUUCAAGUGAAAUCUAAUGUUCAUAUGUUCAAAUUAUUACAAAUAAUAAUAAUAAAGAAAGGUCUCGGUGGGGUGACCUUAUGGUUUAAUAAUUGUAGUAGUAGAAUCCCAUGCAGAUGUUAAUCCACAGCUGGGCUUGCGUUUAACAUUUAACAGAAAUCUACUUUGUUCUAAGCACAGAAUGUAUCGGCAAUCAUGUUUCCUAUGAUUCCUGUGCUGUUUAACCAGCAGUGAAGCUCAGUCUGUACCAAUAGAUUUUUCCCAUGAGUUUAAAACUAUUCUGUCUAUUUUGGCAUUGUGUGUGUGUGUGUGUGUGUGUGUGCGCGUGUGUGUGUUGUGUGUUGUGUGACAGUCUGCUGCAAGACAGCUUCUUGACCAAACUGAUUUGAAGGUGGUGUGAACUUGUUCUGAAGUACUUCUGUUUAAAAAGAGAGAAUAACAAUCAUAUUUUACAUGUCAUUCCACACAUCCUCCUCAGGUCCUUUUUAAAACAUCUUUUACAUUCUUUUCACAACACUUAAGAGCUGUUCAUAUUUAAUCCACCUUUAAUAGUGUAUCUAUAACUAAGCGCAGCGCUCUGUUUACAGUAAAUGAUACGCUUAUUUAGGUUUAAUUUGCAGUUUACAAUCAUACUUUAUAAGGGUAUAAAACACUAUGGCUAUGUUCACAUUACAAACCUCAAAUCAAUUCCUUUUUUUGCUCAGAUCAGAUUUAAUGGGUUGUGACUGUUCAAAUUUAAUAAAUGUAAGUGACUUGCAUCUGUUUGUAACAAAAAUAAACCUAUUACUGAAAUGGCAUCAGGUCUGACAUGUCCACACAUCCCUGAAAAAAUAUGACCUUUGUCACAUUUUAGGGUGUUUCUAUAUCUGAAAGUCUAGACCAGAGUUUGAACCAAGGAUCAUGUGUUUGUUACUUUGUUUAAAAAAAAAUCACACUGCAGUUUAGUGAGCAGACUAAAGAACUUCCCUACAUUCUGUAGGGAGCUGCUUCUCGCUAUAGCUUACUUACAAAUGAAAGUCCAGACCAGAGACUGCACCAAGUUGGUUAUGAGUUCAGUGAGUUGCUUUGACCAGGUCAGGGCUCUUGCACCAUUUUGAAAGUCACAUUUAAUGCUUUUUAAGACCUCAAUAAAUAUAAUUUAAGACCCAAAAAUGUGGGCAUAAUUUCUAAAUGUUAGCUAGCUCUCCACUUAGUUAAGUUCUCUCCCUGCUAAUGUUAGCUAGCCCUCCGCUUACCUUAGUUCUCUUCCCAGUAAAGUAGUUAGCUUGCUGCUAAAGUUAGCAUGUUUUCCCGCUGGCAUUAAUUGCACCAUCUGAAAAUGUAAUACCUACAGCAAAUGUACAGUAUGUUUAAGACAAUUUAAUUUAUAAUUACACAGAUUUUAAAUUAAGACAUUUUUAAAGGAUUUUUAAGGACCUGCGGGAACCCUGCAGGUGUUGUUUGGAAUUCUAGCUCUCUGUCUAAAUCUGACACCCCUUUGCAGACGUGCCGCCCGCAGCAGUACAAGUGUAAAAAUGUUCCUCAGAUUCCUUUAUUUCUGUUUAUAAAUAAGGGUAGUUACUGUAAAUAAAUUAAUUCCCAGUCUAAGCGUUUGUCUUUAUACUGCUGCAUCAUGUACAUGCCUACCAAGUGGAGUCGGAUUUCGGCACAACACCAAUUUUUCUUUCCUCUGGUUUGUUUAAAGACCGUCUCAACUUCCUAUAAUUUAUGUAAAAGUCUGAACCGUCUAGUAACGCGUUUUCCAACUGCAGACGAACCGGACCAUGGUUCAGUAGAUCCAAACUGAGACCCCGUCUUUUGGCUGGACCAAACUCUAGUCCUUAGAUCAGGACUGUGGUUCAAAGCCCCUUUCAACACUUGCUACUUUGGUUCGGACCCAAAUAAAAAAAAAAGUCCAGACCAAACAAUAUUGGUGUGUUGUCAGUUUGACGUGUUAUAAGGGGUUAAUCUACAGUUACAGUAGCUACAGGAAUUAACACUGUACGCUGUUGUGCUGAUACUGGUGUGUGCACAUGAAGAGGGGUCAGAUUUUUAGAACAUCAGUUCUUUUUCUUUUACUGAUGCUGAAUAGUUGCUGAUACCAUGCCUCAACCUCCUGGAAUUGUUCCAAAAGCCUGAACUAUCUGAAAAAACAUGCUUUCACGCUGCAGAUGAACCAGACCAUGGUUCUGUAUGCCCACCUCUUUUGGUUGUACCAAACUUUGCCCAUAGUUCACAGCUGCUAUUUUAGUUUGGACCAAAUAGGUACUCUGUAACAACAUUCUUAGGCAAUAAAAAAGCAGUUUGGAGUUGAUUUUGUUGGUAAUGUGAAUGUAGCCUAUGACUAGCAGUAUAGAGUGACUGCUCAAAUUGACAUUCAUUAUUUCUUUAUUUUAAUACAUUUAAUAUCAAAAGCAGGGGUUUUCUUGUAAAAACAUGAAGUUUUGAAAGCUCUUCAUGUCAGAGCUACACUUACAACAUUUACACUCCAACCUUAAAACAAACAUUCCACCCAACUUUGUUUUAGUGGAUGUUAAAAGAUGGAUUAUGAAGGUUUUUUUAUUUUUAUUUUAGCAUCUGUGGCUCCCAGACUGCACCGGUUCUGUUUAAAGGGCUUCUUUUCUAUAUUCCUUUAAGUUUAAUCUGCUUGCUUGGCUGUAUUGAGCUGUUUCCGCUUUAUUAUUAAUAAUAAUAAUAAUAAUAAUAAUAACAACAACAGAUAUAAUGAGUGUUGCACUUCAGUAUUGUACAUAAAAGCAGACAAUAUACAUGUGAUCCGCCCCCAAACAGUAAUUACUGGCUUAUGUAAAAACGGUGGCCAUUCGAUGCUUUAACUGAAAGCAAGCUGUUAAGAGAGGGUUCAGUGGGUGGAUGAUAGGAUCUGGCUUAUUUUCACUGUUUACUGGAGCCUGGUGAAGACGAGAACAGACUGAAGUGCAUGUAAACAUGUCUGUUUCUCAAUAACAGCGUCGUCUGUUUUGUCUGCUGUAGGAUUGGACCAUCACGAGGUUUAAAACAGCAAAUAAUGGUAUUUAAACAUAGUAGGGGUGUAACGGUACAGAAAGUUCACACCUCAGUAUAAACCCCACGGUUCAGUACUUUUACGGUACGGUUGGUGGAAAAAAAAGGAGGCUGGGUAUUCUGUAUAGUCUCACCUUUAUUAGCUUCAUAUUAACAAUGAAUCUUCAUUAAAAUCAUGUUUAGUUUUUUGGGAUGGAAUGUUGUGACAGGGCUCCAGCACUUUUAUUAUUAAAAGCUUGAAACCAGAAUUCUCCUCUACUGUCAUCAUGAGAGGCUCCAACUUUUGGAUCUUGUUAAAACAAAUAAUGAGCAUUAUUUUGCCGCUUUAUAAAAAAACAAAAACAGCAGCAUUACUUUAACUAAUGCUUAAACUACAAAUAUUUUCCCUAAGAAUAUUACUGGAUGCAUUUCAGUGUGUCAGAGUUCUUUUUAAGAAAUAACAGCAUUAGAUUGUUAAAAUUAAAUGAUAUUAGUGGUGUCAAUCACUUAAAAAUGAAUUAAAAUCAUGAUUAAUUUUUUUAAUGCUGGAAUAAUGUAGUGUGGUUUAGGUCUGACAGACUAGAUUAUUUUGGGCUGUAUUUUAAUAUAUCAGAGAGAGAGAAAGAGCAAGCAGAGACAGACGGCGUGAGUGAGAGAGAGAGAGAGUGAGAGAGAGAGAGAAAAAGUGAGACAGACAGCGUGAGAAAGAGAGAGAGAGAGACAGUAAAAGUGAAUUAUCAGCAUUUCUGCGUGCACCAAUAGCAACAGUGCUACAGCUAAACUUUCCAGGUUCUGCAUUUGUUCCGCAUUACAUUCAUUAGUUCCACAAGUCUCCUCUGUACCGCAUAUUCUGCGUGCGUUAGAAGUUUGAGGUGUGCAAAGAAUACACGUACCGUUACACCCCUAGGACACACUGGGGAGGGGCUUUAAGAGCAGGAGUGUGUUUGGUUAGUUAAAACUUUUGGAAAUAAUGUUCGAUCUUGCAAAGUCUGCUGCCUAGAGGGCUUUGCAUGUUUUGUCUCGGUCUUUUCUUAAAACAACAUCUGUAAUAACCUUUAAAUAAAGCUAUGUGAGGAUUUCUAA